CUGUUCCCAGUUGUGGGUAAGGUGGAUGCAGGGUCUGAGGCUGUGCUGUUCCCAGAGGGGUUCAGGGUGGAUGCAGGGUCUGAGGCUGUGCUGUUCCCAGUUGUGGGUGAGGUGGAUGCAGGGUCUGAGGCUGUGCUGUUCCCAGUGGUGGGUGAGGUGGAUGCAGGGUCUGAGGCUGUGCUGUUCCCAGAGGGGUUCAUGGUGGAUGCAGGGUCUGAGGCUGUGCUGUUCACAGAGGGGUUCAGGGUGGAUGCAGAGUCUGAGGCUGUGUUGUUCACAGAGGGGUUCAGGGUGGAUGCAGGGUCUGAGGCUGUGCUGUUCCCAGUGGUGGGUGAGGUGGAUGCAGGGUCUGAGGCUGUGCUGUUCCCAGAGGGGUUCAGGGUGGAUGCAGGGUCUGAGGCUGUGCUGUUCCCAGUUGUGGGUGAGGUGGAUGCAGGGUCUGAGGCUGUGCUGGUCCCAGUGGUAGGUGAGGUGGAUGCAGAGUCUGAGGCUGUGCUGGUCCCAGAGGGGUUCAUGGUGGAUGCAGGGUCUGAGGCUGUGCUGUUCCCAGAGGGGUUCAGGGUGGAUGCAGGGUCUGAGGCUGUGCUGUUCCCAGUUGUGGGUGAGGUGGAUGCAGGGUCUGAGGCUGUGCUGUUCCCAGUUGUGGGUGAGGUGGAUGCAGGGUCUGAGGCUGUGCUGGUCCCAGUGGUAGGUGAGGUGGAUGCAGGGUCAGAGGCUGUGCUGUUCCCAGAGGAGUUCAUGGUGGAUGCAGGGUCUGAGGCUGUUAUGUUCCCAGUGGUGGGUGAAGUUGAAACAGAGUCUGAGCCUGUGCUCUUCUCAGUGGGGUUUGAGGUGAAUGCAGGAUCUGAGGCUGUGCUGUUCUCAGUGGUGUUUGGCACAUAGGAAGUAU